CCCGCAAUGCAUGCUGUUGGAUAAAUAAUCCCAAGGAGAAACACAGCAGCGAGACCAUGGACGCGAACAGCACGGCCGAGGCUCGCCGGCCACCGCACGUGGCGAUGCUGGUGACGCCCGGGAUGGGCCACCUGAUCCCGCUCGCCGAGCUUGCCAAGCGCCUGGCCGCGCGGCACGGCGUCACGGCCACGCUCAUCACCUUUGCGUCCACGGCGUCCGCCACGCAGCGGGCCUUCCUCGCCUCACUCCCGCCUGCCAUCGCCUCCCUCUCCCUCCCGCCUGUCGACCUCUCCGACCUUGGCCCCGGCGCCACCAUCGAGACGCUCAUGUCCGAGGAGUGCGCCCGCUUGGUGCCGGCGCUGACGGGGGUUCUCUCGGCGCUCAGGGAGACCACGCGGCUGGUGGCCUACGUCGCCGACCUCUUCGGGGCAGACUCGUUCGACGCUGCCGUGGCCGCCGGCGUGCCGAGAAGGUAUCUGUUCCAUCCAGGGAACCUCCAUGGGCUCAUGAUCAUGCUUCAUCUGCCAGAGCUCGACGUCUCCAUGCCCGGCGAGUUCCGGGAUCUCGCCGAGCCCGUCAGGCUUCCCGGCUGCGUGCCCAUCCCGGGGCCGGACGUCAUGUCUGGGCUCCAGGACAAGUCCGACCCCUGCUACCGGUGGAUGGUGCACCACGCCAGGCUCUACCGCGAAUCCGAGGCCAUCCUGGUAAAUUCCUUCGACGCCGUCGAGCCGGACGCUGCCAGGGUGCUCACUCACCCGGAGCCCGGGCGCCCUCCGGUGUACAACAUCGGUCCACUCAUACGGGCCGACGCCAACGAUGAGCCGCGCGCAGCGUGCCUGGACUGGCUUGACCGGCAGCCGCCCAAGUCGGUCAUCUUUGUCUCGUUCGGCUCCGGAGGCUCGCUGCCGACGGAGCAUAUGCGUGAGCUGGCCCUCGGGCUGGAGCUCACCGGGCAGCGCUUCCUGUGGGCGGUGCGGAGCCCGAGCGACGAGGGGACCGUGAACGCCAACUACUACGACGCCGAGAGCAAAAAGGACCCCAUGGCCUACCUCCCGGAGGGGUUUGUGGAGAGGACCAAGGACAUCGGCCUCCUCGUGCCGUCAUGGGCGCCGCAGACGGAGGUGCUCGCUCACGAGGCCACGGGAGGCUUCUUGGUGCACUGCGGGUGGAACUCGGUCUUGGAGAGCCUGGUGCACGGCGUGCCCAUGGUUGCGUGGCCGCUCUUCGCUGAGCAGCGGCAGAACGCCGUGAUGCUUUCGGAGGGUGUCAGGGCCGCCAUGCGAGUGCCGGCGACGAAGAGGAAGGAGGAGAUCGCCGCGGCAGUGAGGGAAGUGAUGACAGGCCAAGGCAAAGGCGCCGAGGUAAGAGCUAAGGUGGCGGCGCUGCAGAAGGCGGCCAAAGAAGCUCUCCUUGAGGGAGGUGCCGCCACGACCGCGCUGGACGAGGUGGUGCGCAAGUGGACAUGCGGCGAGUAUUGCUAGGUGUUACCGUGUUAGCAAUCCAACCAUACAUCUCGCUACGAAUGGCUAUGUGCAUUCUAAGGGCUAUUUUGCA